AUGGGAAAAGAAGAAGCCAGAUGGAGGAGGUCUGAGGAUGUGGGUCACUUCACCCUGAUUCUCUGGACUGCUGAGCACUCCAGUGUCCUUUCUGGGCCUCCUCUCCUGCCUGUGGCUCUGCUGCUCUCAUUUCCUGGAGGGCCUCUGGCCAUGGUUUGGCUCCUGCUUCUGCUGCUAUCAGCAUGUCUGCAAGCUGGGAACUCAGCAGGAUCCAACAGAGACAAUAUCUAUGGGGUGAACCAGCCAGCACGUCUCUCUGGUGUCCAGGGCGGCUCCAUCGAGAUUCCAUUUUCCUUUUCCUUCCCCUGGGAGUUGGCAAAGGAUCCUCAGAUAAGUAUAGCCUGGAGAUGGAAGAAGGUCCAUGGGGAAUUUAUCUACAACUCCACCUUAGGUUUCAUACAUGAUCAUUUCAAGAACAGGCUCACCCUGAACUGGUCACAGGGUCAGACACAUGGAGUCCUCAGAAUCCUGGACUUGAAGGAGAAAGAUCAGGCCGUGUACUUCUGCAGAGUUUAUCUGCGAACGACAGAAGGCAGGAAGUUUUGGCAGUCGAUUGAUGGGACCCAACUCAAGGUCACCAAGGGCAGCACCACCCUCCCCUCUGCAGUCACCACAGCUGGAAGCAGGGACACAGAGGGUAAGAGGAGCCCUUCACUGGUGAUCCUGGGACCCAUGCUUGGGAUGGUGGUGACCAAGGCAGUGCUCAUAACUGCCAUCUCUGUGUUGCUGAUCUUCCUCUGGUGGAAGAAAAGGCAGCAGACAAAACCUAAACCCAAGGCAGCAGAGCCCUCAUCCCACCGAGCAGCUGAGGGGCUGGUUGGGAGGUUUGUCCGGAGAGGCCUGCCAGGGCCCAGAGAGAUGGUCCAGUCAGGAAAACAUGGCUCAUGGGUAGGAGGACCAUGGUUAGGUCUGGAGCACCCACAUUAUAAGCCAGGGAUGGGGCAGGAACUUGUAAUACCAGCCCUGGACAAGCAAGAGACAGGCAGAGUCAUGGGACUGGAUGACCAGCUACUCUAGGCUAACUGGUGAGUUCCAGGCCAACAAGAGUCCAGGUCUUUAAAAACAAUGUGGAUUCCUUUGUUGACAAAUCAUGGUCAUAACUUUUUUUCUGAAUUCAUUUUAAAUUAUGUUUUCUAAAAUUUUAACUAAAUGGACAUAAAAUAUUGUGAGUCAGUGAGAUAGCUCUGUGGGAAGAGGAGCCUGCCACCAGCAUGCUGACCUUGGGACCCAAAUAGUACAAAGUGAACAGUGACUAUGGAAAGAGUGACUCCCUUUCAGCGUCACACACAGGUGCCUGGGGAGAGGCCAUGAUGGUGUGUCCUUAGCUAACAGACCUCCAGGUGCCAGGAUCUCUCACCAGGGAGGGGAGCCGACAUCACAGUAGUGACUGGUGGCCUCACACCCUGCUUUCCACCCCUUUCCCUGUCUCCUGCCUGGGAAUCAGACCACAUGGCUGCAGGAUGGUGCUGGGAACAUCCGGUCCUUAGACAGAUAGAAGAAGAGAACCCCACUUCUGCCAUGUGGGCUCUGAUUUUCUGUCCUGGGAUCCCAGGUCAUCCUGUCUUUCUGUGGACCUGCGAACACAACUGUGCUGUUCUCUGUCUGUUGGUAGAUUCAGUAACACUUUUAAUAAAUGUCAUUUUCCCAGAUUUACAUAACAGAGUCUCUCCUGACCCUGCUCCCCCACACAUCCCAUAUGAGACUCUCAGAGAGUGGAAGAUUGUAUCAAGGACAUAAGGAAGAGAAGAAAGGACAAUGGUCCACACUGAGAUCCACUGCCUGAGAAUCCUGCCUCCUCUCUCCCUUACUG